UUUUAGGUGUUUUAUGGUUGAUAAAGACCAGGCUGAAGUCAAUGCCAUCCGUAAGGUGUUCAACGAGUCAGACAUUCUCCUUUGUUGGUACCAUGUAACGCAAGCAGUAACUCGUUGGCUGUCAAUAUCUGAAUCUGGUGUGAAUGGACCUGAAAAGACAGAUUCAAGAGCGCACAUCAUACAGUUUAUGUCAGAGAUGAAAUGCUGUUCAAAGGCACAAGAAUUUAAGGAAAAGGCUGAGAUGUUUCACUGCCAGUUUAGGAACUUCAAAUAUGUCUGCAAGUACUUCAGGAACAACUGGGAGACAAUUGGUCAUCUGUGGUCUAACUUUGGAAGAUGCUAUAAACAGAGACUCUGACACAAACAGGGUGACUGGUCUGAAAUACGCGAUAAACCCCCAUGAAAAACGCAAGUGUUGGCAGGUGUGCUCACCAGUUUAAUAUUUGAUCUGCUAUAGUUAGAAAUAAGACUAUUAUAUCUUUUAAACGUAACGCCUGUUUCACACCGCAAGCGUCAGCGGCGCGUGUUUUUUUGGCAUCCAUGUUAACAGAUUAGAACUUUCUUACCGCACGCAGCAGCGUGUCAGUGAGCCGUGAGCAUCGCUG